CAGUGAUGACGUUGACGUUCAUAAUAGUUCAAUUCCUUCAACAAGUCUGAUAAAUAUUAUCCUAAUUAUUCCAAAUCCAAGUAUAGUCUCACCAUAAAAUCGACAAGUGUAAAAAUUCAAGCUCUAUAAAUUGGAAGCAAAAUAUAAUGUCGUCGACUCAUAUUUUCAAUGUAGAAAUGACUUGCGAAGGCUGCUCUGGAGCAGUGGAGAGAGUCCUCAACAGGCUCAAGGGCCAAGGGGUAGACGCUGUGGCCAUUAGCUUGCCAGAACAGAAGGUUUCUGUAACCUCAACCCUUAGUGCAGAUCAGCUACUAGAAGUCAUUAAAAAAACGGGCAAAAAGACUACAUAUGUUGGAACACAGUAACUGCAAAUAAUCAGAACCGUAAAACGCGACUGCCUAGAUAAGAGUUAUUUGUUAAACCAGGGGCAGGGGGGGGCUGGCUCCUACAUACUUAUGUUUCUUACAUUUUGUUACACUUGAUAAAAAAUUAAAAAAAAGGUCAUUACAGAUUUUUUUUGUAAAAAGUUAUUGUUUUCAAUGCUCAUCAAGUGCAUCAUAAGCAUUUUAUAGAACAGAUUCACUAUUUCAGUUAUUAAGGAAACAAAAUUAAAUACCUAGUAUUUAUAUCUUCACCCUAAUCAAUUAAACCUUGUAAUAAUAGCAUAUAAACAUAGUGGGAAUUAAAUAUAUAUACAAAUGUUUUUUUAAAAGGUUUAUUCUAAGUACAAAAAUUGCAGCAUUCUAAAGCCCCCUCCUCACUCGUGCGCGAAUCGCGGCGCGAAGCCGCGAACGCGAGUGUGGCGUCGAUUUUCGCAGACAGCGAAAUCGACUCCACACUGACGUUCGCGGCUUCGCCCGCGAUUCACGCACAUAGUCUGGAGAGGGCUUAAGGUAAUCAACCUGUUGAAUGGUUUAGUACCUCUGUAUAGCUAGUACUGCAGUAAGUACACAUGUUUCACUUGAUAUAUAUGUACAUAUAUAUUCUUUUUAAAUUAGAAUUUCCCAAUCAUGCAAAAAGUAUGUUAUAAGUUUUUCAUCACACUUGCUCAAAAAAGACCUUAUUUCAUGCAGGUGUACUGACAAAGGCCUAUAUUGUUCCCGCAGGAGUUAUGAAUGUGAAAAAAAAAGCUUUAACUCCCUAGGAAGUCCUAGCUUUUUUUUAUAAUAAUGUCACUAAUUCAUACUAAGUAUUAGGAAUAACUAAGUUUUACUUUUAAAAUACUGAUGUUUAUAAUUGAAAAUUUUGUUUAAUUAAAAUAUGUACUUAAUUCAAUAGCAGUCUAUAAUAUUAUUACACAAUUAUCAAUUGUAGCUGAAUGCCGGAUGGGACUGGAUUCAAUGUUUGAAAUGUUUCUUCUGGGGAAUUCUUAAUGGGGAAGAAUUAUUUUACUUAAAAUUAAGUUUUUUUUUGCAAGUGUGAUGAAAGACAUUGUGUUUAACUCAAGGAAGUAUAUUGCAAACUCGAGUCUUUAAUUCACUCCAGCUAGAGGCUGUCGUGAAUUAAAACCCUCUUUUCACUUACCCCCAUCUUUGCACAAUGUACUAUUGUCAGUUAACCGAUUCGUUGCGUGUUCCAUUUUCGAAAACUUUUGGCUGUGGCUGCGAACAAUUAUUUCUUGACACGACAGGCGUGCCUUACGCCAUAGAAUAUGCUGGCCAAAGAAUAUAAUACUCACUAAUGCUGGCACGCCUACCGUGUCAUACGCCACACGUUAAAAACAUUGAUGACACGCCUGUCGUGCCAUCCGCACCAAAUCGGUUAACAUGUGAUGUGACCAAUACAUUUUUUAUAAAAAACUCAAAAAGUUAACCUUUUCGCUGCCAUGUCAAUGAAGUAAUAAAAUGUCAUCAAAGCCAUGUGAAACAUUGCACAUAGACAACCCGUAUAACAUAUCAAGUUGUGGUGUGUGGGACACGAAAUGUACUGACUUUAUAUCAAAUCAAUGGCGGCGAAAAGGUUAAGACAAAUUAGUGACAACUCAGAAAUGCAUAAUUUGCAAAUAACAAAAAGUGCCUGUAUUUUAAUUAAGUAUGAAUUUUAUUUGGUUGUAAAUAUGUACUACUGCACAGACGUAGAUUUGACCGAUUUAGGCGGCCAAUAUUAUUUUAGGGUUUAUAUUAGUUCAAAAUGGGAUAAAACAUUAUAAAACGUGAUUUUAUAUUAAAGACAAUUAUAUUUUAUCAAUUUAAAAAAAUAAAAAAAUUAAAAACAGGUAAAUUUUGCUCUUGUAUUUACUCUAAAAUAUAUUUUCGAGUGAGAACUUUUCUCCCCGAAGCACUAGGUUUACCUACCUGUAAAAAUAAUAUAUUUUUUUAAUCAAUUUAAACGAAAAGGAAUUUUCUUUGAAAGCGUCUAAGUCCGGAAGUUGCGGCUAGUUGCGGCUAAUUUUGUAAACAACAUAAAGAGGAAUAAGCAUUCUAUUCAAAUAUAUACAAUACACUACAGGGACGCACCCUGAAGUACAACAAAAAGACGUUUGAAAAACCAAAUCUAUGAAAAAAACAACAUUUUGUGAAAGGUCAUAUUUAACUGGCUCAAAAUAUAUGAUAAACGUCAAAAAUAUAAUAUCAAAUGAUUUAAAUAUAUAAAUUCUUCCCUGAGUAACUGGAUUCCAUCAAUAAAACUUUAUGAAAAUACCAGAAAAAAAAUAUAUACACUUUGGAAAACAUGUAACUUUUAGGAGCGUCGAGAACAGAAACGUGCGCUCUGAGCGAUAGUCAAAGUUCGACUGCCUGUUGUGCGGCUCAGGUUUGACGAUAAGGAGUGGGGAGGGUACCACAAUAUACCUGGGUCUAUAGGCUACCCCCACGUGAUAUUUUUUUAUCAAUAGGUUGAUUUUUGCAAAAUCGACUUUUGGCCGCCUAAAUCCGUCAAAUCUACGUCUGUGUACUGUUAGUUCAGAUAUUUCCUUGUGACAAAGAUAUUUGAGACAUAUAUAAAACUAGUUGUUUAUUUUUUUUACAGUAUUUUAAGAAAUAUAUUUUUUUAAUAUAA